GGUAAAGAAACACACAAUACCUCGAUUACUUUCCACUGGCUUGAGAUGUGGGCGUCGGGAGCCAGUACGGUACCAGAUGUCAUAGUUUGGCAAUUAAUGGCCAGGCUAAGUUUGGCAAGGUUUAGACAUCUCGGAACCAUCCUGAGAACUGCGAAGGGCUGUCAGCAUCGGCAUCAUCAGGGUGUGGGACACAGGAACAGGAGCUUUGUCUGGUCCCAGGGAUGUUGACAUAGAAUAAUACCAUCACAUCUCUGUUUUAGUAAUUAGCGUUUACGAAAAAAUGCCUGCUCUUAACUUCACAACCUCUCUCAGCAACUCUCCCAAAGUAAUAGAACCUUGAAAUAUAAGUAGUAUUUUUUU